AUGGGAGUCCAAGGUUGUGCAGAUGGCUAUAUAGGUGAUCAUAUAUCAUUAGCCCCAUCAUUUGUUGUUACUAGAAUUGAUAUAAUGGAGAUUUGCACUAAGGUUGUUAAGUCAAUUGAAGAACUUAGACAAGAAUUAAUUUCUGAGGGUAACUUGUAG